CUACUGUGUAAUAUUUUUCUCCAUCAGACUAGUCCAAUACUUUUCCCCUUUGAUUGAAUUAUAGAAAGAGGAAAAACAGGUGCCUUGAUGGAGUAAAAAACAGGAAAAAAGAAAGCAGAUGAAACAUCACCACUGAAAAUAAAAAAGAAGUAGAAAAAGAACCUCACAGCCAACGUAUAAUCUAAUCUAUUCAGAAUAAAGUGAUUCCUUAAAAUAAAAAAGCCAUUGGCGAAAACCGCGAUCCAUAGAAGAUUACUAUACACUUUUCUUAGAUCUCACCAGCAAUCCCAAAUCUUCACUCUCAGAUCUCACCAAUUUAACAUCAAAGCUGCUUAAAUGCACUUACUUUAGGAAACUUUUUGCUGCUUUCUUGAUCUGGGGUGACUUGUUUUCUUGUGCUCGAUCGAUAACUUACUGCAUCAAGAUGGUCAGGAAAGAAAGCUUAAUGCAUCAGAAAAUGGACUGAAGCAGCAUUAUCUUGCCUUGGGUCUGUAUUUUGUAAAGCAGAAACCCUUCAGAAUUUAUCAGUUUCAGCAGCUUGAAUUUGUUGGACCUGUGAAAAGAAUAAAAAGUUAGACAAAGCAGAGAUGUAUCCUUAUGAAAUUUUUUAAAGGCAAACAUACAUACUUUAGCACAAUUGUGUUUCCUUGCUAGCCUUUUGGUGCAACACGGCCUCUGUAAAUGAUGUAGAUUCCAUGUUAGGAUUGUUUAAGAUGUGGAGAUUCAAACCUUUUAUGCCCAAGGAACAGACUGGGCUUGAAGGUCGGAGCAUUGAUAUUGGCAGUCUCAAAGUUCACGUGCGUAAUGCAAUUGCAGAGGGUGGAUUCUCUUGUGUUUAUUUAGCCCUACAUAGUUCAAAGCAGUAUGCAUUAAAGCAUAUUAUUGUUAAUGAUGAAGAAUCUCUUGAUUUAGUAUUGAAAGAGAUUUCAGUGAUGAAAUCGCUCAAGGGGCAUCCUAAUAUUGUCACACUUCAUGCGCAUACCAUCUUGGAUAUGAGUCGUACAAAAGAAGCUUUCCUUGUUAUGGAAUAUUGUGAGAAAUCCUUGGUUGGUGUCCUUGAGAACCGAGGAGCUGGCUUCUUUGAGGAGAAACAGGUCCUCUUAAUAUUCAGGGAUGUCUGCAACGCGGUCUUUGCUAUGCACUGCCAGUCCCCACCCAUAGCUCACAGGGAUUUAAAGGCUGAGAACCUUUUGCUGGGUGCUGAUGGAUUGUGGAAGUUGUGUGAUUUUGGUAGUACAUCAACCAACCACAAAUGUUUUGAGAAACCUGAGGAAAUGGGAAUUGAGGAGGACAAUAUAAGGAAACACACUACACCUGCAUACAGAGCUCCUGAGAUGUGGGAUUUGUAUCGAAGAGAAUUUAUAAAUGAGAAGGUAGACAUAUGGGCCCUUGGCUGUCUACUCUUUCGGAUAUGCUACUUCAAGUCUGCAUUUGAUGGUGAAUCAAAACUUCAAGUUUUAAAUGGCAAUUACCGGAUUCCAGAAUUACCAAAAUACAGCACUAACAUCACGGACCUGAUAAGAGAUAUGCUUCAGUCUUCACCAGAUGCCAGACCAGAUAUCACGCAGGUGUGGUUCCGUGUUAAUGGUCUGUUGCCCGAUGAGCUUCAAAAGUCGUUACCCGACAGACCCCCUGAAAUGCUGCAACACGGUAUUGAUGGGCAUGAAGGAUUUUCAAGGGCUGCAGGUAAGACUAGUCCAAUGCCUAGCAGAAAUCCUCCACCUCCUCCUUCGGCUGCAGAACCUAAUCCUAAGUCGUCUCCUGCAUCACAUAAUUCAAAAGCUGGUGGAGCAGCUACUGGUCCAAUUGGUGCUUUCUGGAAUACCCAGCAUGCGACAAGUGCCUCUGUUUCAGAGGAGACAACCAGAUCCAAAUUUGACGAUGAGAUAAGGCACAGUUCCUCAAGCCAUGACAAGAGUCUUCUCAUUAAGCAAAGUAAUGUGCGACCAAAACCAGCCAAUAGAGCAGCGGAAGCCUCCUCAUCAACGGAUUUUGAAAUAAACUUUUUCCAGGAUGAUUCAGGUCACAGUGUUGGGAGUAAUAAAUCGUCAAAAUUAGGGGUGCCAACUGCCCCCCAGGGUGAAGCAUUCAAUGCCUUUGUUGCAGAAUUCUGUACCAAUAAACCAAGCCCUGGAAAUAACACUAAACAACCAGAGAAGAAAGAGCUCUUGGAAGCUGAGGUUGAGAAGCUGAAGCAACAGCUGUCACGAACCAACAUGGAGAAGGCUGAAAUGACAUCUAAAUAUGAAAAGCUAUCUGCAAUAUGCCGAUCACAGCGACAGGAGAUACAAGAGCUUAAACAAGCUCUUGCUGCCAGAACUCCGUCACCAAAUAGAGACAUCACUAGGAAUCAAGCAUCUCCUGGAAGUCAACCAUCCAGUAUUCCACCGAAAAUGGAUAAAAUUGAGGGAACGGUUUGGGAACUUCAGCAAGGACUACUUGGCCAGAGUCAAGUGAGCCCAGAUUCAAAAUCAUGGCAAGCAUUUGCUGACGAUGAUCCAAAGCAGCAAGCUACUCCAGUUAACGCUAGUUCUAAAUCUGUCAGGACAAGAAAUAGCCACCAGAACAGACAGACAUCUGAAACAAAUACAUCAGCAUUUGGAACAGAUAGCUUUAGGGCUGUGCCAGCUUCCAGCUCUCAGAUAAAGGCUACUUUCGAUGAGUCAAAAAAGUCUCAGCGUUUUGGUGAACCAAAGAACAUAGAUAGCAAAUCAGCUUCCCAACCUGCUGGAUGGGCAGGUUUUUAGAAGAUGUUAUAGCUAAACUUAGGCCGGCAAGGCACAAUUUAACAAUUUGAGAGUUCCUUAACAAUAUUCUCUUCCUAUUAUAGAAGGAUGUGGGUCGAGAAGAAUGAAUACAGGAAACGAAUCGAGGGGGAUGUAAAACAAAUACUGGUUCGGUUCUUUUGCGCUGUUGAUUGUUUGUGUAGAUUUUGAACCUAUUAUUAUAAUUUAUUUUGUCGUGUUGCUUUCUU